AUGAGUUUAGUUAAUGCUUCUGAAAAUUUAAUACACAUAAAUUCACCUGACAAUUCAAGAGUCACAUUAGUUCAUAAACGGCGUAAGAUUGAUGCAGAUUGGAAGAGUGCAUUUAUGUUGCAGACAAUACAAGAUAAGGCUGAGAAAAGAGAAGUAUUAGUGAAAUGUAUAAACAGAAUGAGAUAAUCUACUUAAGUAAAAUUGGAUAGUAAUGAUAGGUGAAACAAUUUCAUUCAUUGACAGAGUAGCAAUUAAAUGUAAUAGAUGAUUUUGGAUCUACACAUUCAAAAGGGACUAUUAAUAAAUUAAUAAAAAAAGAAGAAACUCAUUUUGAAUCCAUUUAUUAUGAAUCAAAGUUUUAAAUGGGUAAAUUAAGAGGAUUAGUACUUCGAUAUUUAGAGAAGCAUAACAAAAAUUAGGAAUGGUCAAUAAAGCCAAGUCAUCCUUUUAUUAUUAUUUGGAAUAUGUUUAAAUUAUUUUUCAUGAUUCAUAUUUUCAUUUUAUUUCCAUUAAUUGAUGCAUUUGGAGUGAAAUUGAAUUAAGUAAUAGUUAGAUAAGAAUAAAUAUUUUUGAUGGAAUGGAUAUUUCUAGUAUUUAUUUACUAUAAUAACUUAGUUAUUUGAUAUUGUAUUAAGAUUUAAUGUACAAAUAUACAAGAGUGGAUAAUUGAUUAAAAAACAUUAAUAUUUAGCAUUGUAAUAUUUGAAAAGUGGAUUCUUUUUAGAUGCCUUAGGUAUUGUUGGAUUUUCAUUGUUUCUAUUUCAAGAUAUAUUAUAUAUCAAAUACAUCUAUUUUUUUAAGAUAUCUGAAAUUAAAAAAUUCAUUAAAUUUUUAAGAUAUGAAUUAGAUCCAUAAAAUAAAUACAAUAAUCAUAUCAAAUUGAUUACUCUCUUUGUGACAAUAUUCCUAUUAGCUCAUAUUAUAGUAAGAUAACAUUUAAAUUUUAUAUAGGCAUGUCUAUGGAUAGUUGCUGGUCAUACUGAACCCAGUUGGCUAAGUAUUAAUGGUUUAUAAGAUGAUCAAUGGUAUAUCUAAUAUCUAUGGGCAUUUUAUUUUGCAAUAUUAACAAUGACUACUGUAGGUUAUGGAGAUAUAGUUCCAGUUAAUGAAAAUGAAUUGAUGGCUUGUAUUAUGAUUGUACUGCUUUCUAGUGCAAUAUUUGCUUACACUCUAAAUACCAUCACUACAGUUCUUAAAGACAUAGAUUAGAAUAAAAGUUAAUUUAAUCAAGAAGCAAGAAUUAUAUAAAAUUAUUUAGUAAAGAAAGGUUGUGAUACAGAUUUACAAAGGAGAGUGUAAUAAUAUUUGAAGUCUCUAUUGAAAUGGGGUUUGGGUGAAUAAAAAUAAAAUGAAGAUAGAAUAUUCUCUAAAUUAAGUCUUCCUUUAUAAUAAGAAAUUAAUUUAUAGGAUAAGGGUCAAAUGUUAUUAAAAUUACCAUUUCUAGUUAACAAUUUUAAUAUAGAAUGUAUUAAAGAGUUAAUGUAACAUAUAUAAGAAGUUUAUUAUUAACCUGGUGAAUUAAUUAAUCCUUAAGAUGGAAUUUAUUUAUUGUAUAAAGGAUAAGCAGAAGUUUGUUGGGGAUCCAAGAUAAAUCCUAAAUAUAUUUGUAAUAUAUUUUAAGGUGAUCAUUAUGGACUAUUAAAUUUAUUUAAUGUAGAUCAAUCUAAAUACUUUCUUAAAAGUUCUGAUUUCUCAAUUUUCUAUUUUAUACCAACUUAGAUAUUUAAAUAAGUCUUAAAGAAUAAUGAUAAGGAAGUUUUCUGUAUGAUUAAUGAUUAAGUAAUUUAUGAAAAUUAUUCAAAUCUCUAUUUAUUUUGUCCACUUUGCAGACGUGAAGGUCAUCUCUUAUGUUAAGAUAUUAUCUAUAAACCUAAUAGAGCUAUUGCUAUUGCUAAAUCUAAUAGAUAAACUGUAUAGGAAAGAUAAUAAUAUAAACGUUUCUGUUUUAAGCAAUAAAUUUUAAGAAAUUACAAAGAAAUGCAAAUAGAAACUUGUUAAUUCAUUAAUGAUAGAAGAGAAAUAAUGAAAAUCAAAAAUAAAUCUAUAUUUGAUUCAGAUGAUGUAGAUGAAGAUCCUGAAAGUAUAGAAUUAUAAUCAUCUUAAUCUUGGUAAUUUGAUGAAGCCUAAAUGGAUGAAUAAAAGGUUCCUAUUUUUGUUGAUGAAAAUCAAUUCAAACCCAAAAUCACUUAAUAAAAAAGAUUAACUCCAAAUAAAAGAUAGACCAUUCUUGGAUUUCUAAAAAAGAAAACAUAAGACAUUAUGUAAAUCAAUUUAUCAAAAAUUUAAGAAGUGGAAACAUUUCCAAAUAAUCUUAAUCAAAAUGCUGAUAAUUACACUCCAAACUCAAAAGAAAAACUUUAUAAUUUUGAUGCUAUGAAAUCUUUUACUAAAUACUUCAAAAAAUACAAUUAUCCAAAUAUUAUUAAACAAUUAAAUUAGAAACGAAAAACUAUUAAGAAAAAAAUUAAAAGAUUAGAAAGACUUUAUUGA